GCAAACACACACUCUGUACUUCAUAUUAAAGUCUGUACUAGUCUGCACCAGUUCUCCCUCCAAACCACAUGGAGGCACAGCAAGGUUCUCCGGACAGCAGCAGUGAGGAAUGUACCGUUCUGGAGGCUUUUCCUGGCAAAGGAACAGUUUGCUCUCAACAUAAAGGAAAAGCCCUAGCAUUUUAUUGUCUGCCGUGUGAGAGUGCUGUGUGUGAGCAGUGUAUUGUGGGGGAACAUACCGACCACCUGACAGAUUCACUGGAAAAAAUUGUGGAUCAACAGCGAACAGCUUUGCAUGAAAGUCUGAAUGCAGCUCAGAACAGGCUUCCCCAGAUCAGAGAUGCUGUACAGACACUGAAGGACAUCCUGCAGCAACUGAGCACUCAGAAGAACUCUAUUGAGGAGGAUAUCCACAUCUCCUUUACUGAGCUACACAAGACCCUGGACACACGUAAGAGUGUCCUGCUCAUGGAGUUAGAGGUCACCUAUGGAUUAAAGCAGAAGGUCCUGCAGAAUCAAUUAGACACUCUGCUUAAAGAGGAGGCUGAUAUCAGCAGUAACUGUAGUCAGACAGGAGAGGCAUUGGAUGGGGCAAGUGAGGCUGUUGUUCUGCAGACUCAUAAAGAUUAUGGAGAGCGGCUGAGUGAGUUGGCCAGUCAGGGGCUUCCCCUCCAACCUGAGGAGAAUGAUCAGCUGGAGCUCAUGAUGGAAGUAGAAGGACUUCGUAAGUCCAUCCACAACCUGGGUGCCGUUAUCACCACCAAUGCAGUGGCCAGCCAGACUGAGGCUUCAGGAGAUGGUCUAGAGCAAUGCAUUGUAGGUCAGCCAACCUCCAUCAUCAUAACCACCAGAGACAAGUCAGGGGGCCUGUGUAAGUCAGGCAAUGCUGUCAUCUCAGGAGAAGUCUUCACACCUGAUGGCAGUGUCAUGGACGGAGAGAUUUUGGACCAUAAGAAUGGCACCUAUGAGUUCCUGUAUACAUUGCACAAGGAAGGGGACUUUAGUCUGGCACUGAGACUCUAUGAUCAGCACAUCAAAGGAAGCCCCUUCCGGCUUAAGGUCACUAGUUCUCCAGACGAUUCUCCCACCACCACAUCUGGAGCCAACGCUGCCUCCACAGGGUCCAGUGAAGGUGGUGCGAGGAGACGGAGUGCCAAGUCGCCAGGUAGCAGGAGCCGACAGAAGGGGGUGCGGAGAGGCGGGAGCUUGUUCAGCACACCCAAGAAGAAAGUAAAUCCCAUUGAAGAUGAUCUUAUCUUCAGAAUUGGAACAAAAGGAAGAAAUAAAGGUGAAUUCACCAAUCUACAGGGUGUAGCUGCCUCAUCAGGAAGUAUCCUAAUUGCAGACAGUAAUAAUCAAUGUGUGCAGAUCUUCUCCAAUGAGGGAGAGUUUCAGAGCCGGUUCGGAGUUCGUGGCCGUUCGCCGGGGCAGCUGCAGAGGCCCACUGGUGUCGCUGUACAUCCAAAUGGUGACAUUAUCAUUGCUGACUAUGAUAACAAGUGGGUUAGCAUCUUCUCCAGUGAUGGCAAAUACAAGGCUAAGCUAGGGUCUGGUAGGCUGAUGGGUCCAAAGGGAGUCUCUGUGGAUCAGAACGGUCACGUUAUUGUUGUGGAUAACAAGGCCUGCAUGGUGUUCAUCUUCCAGCCCAGUGGGAAACUUGUAACAAAGUUUGGCAGCAGAGGAAACGGUGACAAACAGUUCGCAGGACCCCAUUUUGCUGCAGUCAACAAUAAUAAUGAAAUAAUCGUCACUGACUUUCACAAUCAUUCUGUCAAGGUGUUCAGUGCUGAAGGUGAGUUCCUGCUCAAAUUUGGGUCAAAUGGUGAAGGUAACGGUCAGUUCAAUGCUCCCACAGGCGUUGCAGUGGAUGUUAACGGGAACAUCAUUGUAGCUGACUGGGGAAACAGUCGCAUACAGGUGUUUGAUGGAAGUGGUUCCUUUCUGUCCUACAUCAACACGGCGGCGGAUCCUCUGUAUGGGCCGCAGGGUCUCGCCCUGACCUCUGACGGCCAUGUUGUCGUGGCCGACUCCGGCAAUCACUGUUUUAAGGUGUACCGUUACCUUCAGUGAUUCAGUACUUUAGAGAUCCGUAUCUAUCUCUUGCACUUCUACUGCAGAUCCAUCACGCUUACU